AUGGCUUCCGCGAGGGUCGUCAUCACCGGCCUCGGCGUGGUCACCGCGCACGGCAACGACGUCGACGACUUCUACGCCAAGCUCCUCGCCGGGAAGUCGUGCAUCUCCCCGAUAUCCGAGUGGACCCCGCACGAGGAGCAAGGGACGACGAUCGCGGGCGAGAUUAAGGGGUUCGACCCGGAGGAAUUCAUGACCAAGAAGAUGGCUCGAAGGGUAGACCCGUUCAUCGCGUAUCAGAUCGUCGCCGCGAAGAAGGCUCUGCAGUCCGCGGGCUUGCCCUUCGCCAAAGGGGAGGAACUCGACGCGGUGGUGGACAAGACCCGCGCGGGUUGCCUGAUCGGCAGCGCCAUGGGCGGCAUGCACUCGUUCAGCACGGCGACCGAGAAUCUGGUCAAGGAGUACCCGAGCUGGAUCGGGCACAAGAAGAUGAACCCGUUCUGCAUCCCGUUCGCAAUCACCAACAUGGGCAGCGCGCUGACCGCGAUGGACUUGGGGUUCAUGGGACCCAACUACUCCAUCUCCUCCGCGUGCGCCUCGGGCAACUUCUGCAUCCUCAACUCCGUCGAUCACAUUCGCAACGGCGAGGCGGAUCUCAUGCUCGCCGGCGCAUCCGACGCGGCGGUGCUCCCGUCGGGCAUGGGCGGGUUCAGCGCGGUCAAGGCGCUCAGCAAGCGCAACGACGACCCGACGGCGGCGUCGAGGCCGUGGGAUAAAGGUCGCGACGGGUUCGUCAUGGGCGAGGGCGCGGGCGUCUUGGUGCUCGAGUCUUUGGAGCACGCGUUGGCGAGGGGCGCGACGCCAAUCGCGGAGGUUCUCGGCGGUUCGUACAGCUGCGACGCGCAUCACAUGACGGAGCCGCACCCCGACGGCGAGGGCGUUCAGCUCGCCAUCACCCGCGCGCUGAAGGACUCCGGCGUGGACGCCUCGGCGGUCAACUACGUCAACGCGCACGCCACGUCCACCCCGGCGGGUGACAUGGCCGAGCUCCGGGUGCUGCAGCGCAUGUUUGGCAAAAAUUCCGAGUUUAAGAUCAACAGCACGAAGGGCUUGAUCGGGCACCUGCUCGGGGCGGCGUCCGCGGUGGAGGCGGUGGCGUGCGUCAAGGCCAUCCAGUGCGGGGAGGUUCACCCGAACAUCAACCUGGAGGAUCCCGAGGACGACGUGGAGAUGGGUCUGCUGGUUGGGGGCGAGUCGGAGAGGCUCGACGUUCGCGUCGCGUUGUCAAACUCUUUCGGCUUUGGCGGGCACAACUCCGCGGUGCUGUUCGGAAAGUACGAGCCGGUGGUGACGUAGGGGGUUCGCCGGCGUGGGGCGUCGUGUGGUGAGCGCGGUCGGCGGAGAUCGAAGGCGGAUGUCAGAGGAGGGGCGAUUCGCGGGUAGGAGAGGAGAGGAUAGGAGAGAGCGGGGGUUGAUUUUCUUGUCAAAAAUGGCAGCCGAGCCGGUUGUUUGCG